AUGGCUUCUCUUCCUCGACCAGAUGCUGAGAGUAGCGCGACACAACUCUCCAUAAAAUCCAAUCAAGAUUAUGAUGCUUCUUCAAUAAUGAUAAAAACGAAUUCACAACCACAUGCCAUGAUUAUCGGAGCAACGAAUAAUGACGACACUCUUGAUGAGGAAACCAUGUUCAUUAAAAAUCAUAAUGACGAUGAUCUUGAUGAACAACAUAAUUUUAAAACAAUUAUUAUUGAUGAACACCCACUUUCAAUACAGGAAGCGCAUGAUGAGUCGCCGAUAGAAACAUCCAAGAAGGGAAUAUUGGAAAAACUGAAAAAAGGAGCUCACUGGUUUUUUUCAUCCCAACUCUAUGCAAACUUGUUAAUGACAGGAACUUUAUUUACAUUUGGAGGUUUUUGUGUAUUGGCACCCAAUCCUAUUCGAGCUUUUCAACCACCUAUUUUUGCAUUUGUACGAGUUUCUCUUAUUACGAUAGUACUGUUUUUUCUCUCGAUAUUUGUUGACAGAAAUUAUUCUUUUAGGUCUGAGAGAGCUCUUUCAAGGUACAACAAUCCAAUAAUUCGAUACAUCAAAAAGAAAACACCUACUUUUAAAAUGUUUAAGAGCUUGUUUAUAUGUGGCUCUAUGAAUACAAUUAACAUGAUAUUUUUUGUCAUUGGACUUAACAUGACGAACGCAACUGUUGCUGGACUUUUACAACCAUUCAUUGCAGAGGUCUGUAUAUUUUCCAUCUUGUUAAAAAGAGAGUCAAAAGGAAUUAUCAAAAUUUUAGGAGUUUUAAUUUCAUGUUUUGGAGCAAUAUCCAUGUUGGGAAUUUCUGCUCUUUUGAACGAAGAGGACGCCAUUACUGAAGAACAAGAUCCAGAAGAAUCUCCUCAGAAAUCCAUUUUACAAACCUUUUCAUUCACCAUUGGGAUGAUUUUCAUUUUCGUGAAUACGUUGGCCUAUUCCAUUUAUUUAAUCUUGUUGAAAAAAUUGACCAAAAAAGUGCCACCUGUGACCUUGAGUUUAUGGACAUUCUUUGGUGGACUUCUUAUUCCCUUUGUGGUUGCUUGUUAUUAUUAUCCUUCCUUUCAAUCUCAAAAAUUGGAUUCAAAUUCAUAUAUUGGACUUGCGUAUGCAGUAUUCAUUCAUGGUACAUUGAGUUUUGUGAUGAAUUCAAAGGCAUCAAGUCUUACCUCUCCAACAGUGAUUGGAAUUUAUAAUACUGUUUCACCAAUUGUGACCACCAUCAUGACAGUGACCAUUUCUGGAGAAACAGUUUCUCCAUGGAUCAUUCCAGGAGCCAUUGGAAUUCUUAUUGGACUUGCUUUAGUUAUUUUCUCCAAAUGGAGAGAGGAAAAGCAACGCCAAAAAGAAGAAGAGAUGGCUAUUGAGAAGCAAACACAACAGCAUCAGAGAGACGAAGAGCAACAAGAAUUGCAAGAUGAACAAUCAUAA